AUGUCCAUGUGUCGGGAUAUGCGUUUAUAUCUGUCAGUUUUAUAUCUAUUGGGAAUGUUGUGCGCCAUACUCGAUGAAGAACAAUGUCUUCUUCAGAUAACACCACAAAGUGAACGCUACGCAUUAAUCUCUACUUUGGCAAUACUCGCCGGAAUACUUGGAAGCUUUUCGUAUGCCUAUCUGGAAACGGAAAAUAUGUAUAUGAGCGUUUACAACAAGACUGGAAAUUUCUAUGAGCAUAAGAAUUUUUUGCGAUUUUGUGUAGUUCUUUGCAUACUUCAUGUCUGUCUCUACAUAAGACGUCGUCGGCAUAAGGCCUUGGUCCAAUCUCUGCUUCAACUAAAUAGACAGUGUCCAAGUAAACGGAAUGAUCAGUAUUUUGUGCGUAUCUUCAUAACGUACAAGGUUCUUUUUUUUGUCGGCUUGUGUAACUACGCGAAUGGAUAUGCCGUGUCAGGAUUGUCCACGGUUCCCAUGUUGCUCUAUGUGAUUGUCUACAGCUAUGGAUUUCUUGCCAUGUGUCUCCUUCUCGUGUUCUUUGUCUGUCUGCAACGAAUUGUUGCCGCUGCUCUAGCGCAGUAUAACCUCAAGUUAGAGGAAUAUGAUUCUCGGACAAAUUGCAGACGUAUUCUGUAUGAGAGACAACGAUUGCUAUGCCUUAUCACACGCGAGCUUAACAAUUGUUUUGGACUACUCAUGCUGCCUAUUGUACCGCUUAUUUUGUUUAUGGCUCCCACUGGACCCCUUUUUCUGAUUAGCACCGCAAUGGAGGGAAAAUUGGUUGGGUUUUAUCAAUAUGCGAUUGUCAGCUUUACCGCUGGCUUAUGGAAUAUACCUUGGCUUUCGAUGAUGACGUUAUUGAUGCGCUCUAACGUCAUAACAGUCGAAGCCAAUAAAACUGCCAAGAUUCUUUCAAAAAUACCUCGCACGGGUUCAGGCAUAGAUAAAAUGGUCGAGAAGUUUCUGUUGAAGAACCUACGUCAGCAGCCCAUACUGACAGCGUAUGGAUUUUUCGCUCUAGACAAGAGCACCCUCUUCAAGCUCUUUACAGCCAUCUUCACGUAUAUGGUCAUAUUGGUGCAAUUCAAGGAAAUGGAAAAUUCGACAAAAUCGUUGCAGAAAACACAACUUAAUUUUGAUGACUCUUAAAUUAGAUUGACUUACCGAAUCAUAAGUCAAGCAGCCAGUUGCUUUUGAUUUAUAAUUUUUGCGCCAUUUUCUGUAUUCCGCUUUGAUGACAGCUGCAUGACGUUUCCAAUAUUUUCCCUCAAGCACAACUGUCUGUGAGAAAAAAAAGAAAUAUAAGUAAAACGAAAAAU